AACCGUCGAGUUCCAUGUUUGUAUGUUGAAAUUGAGAGCAGAGCCGAACUCCAUGUUGUGAAAAGUUAUCAUCUAGGAACUUAACUUUUUAUAAUUAUUUUUAUUUAAUUUUCUUUUUGUCGUCUAACGUAUGAAAGCAUAGAAAUCACAUUCAGCCUCGUACGGUGUCGCAUUAUGAAUGUUCUUAAGCGGUAAAAGUCUUUAGGAUUUUUGGGGGCAUUUGCAGGGAGUUUCUUUCUUUCUUUUUUUCCAAUUCAGCCGUAGCCAGCCGAAAGAUUUUAAUACGGAAACCCUUUUUAAGUUGCGAUUUUACUGGCUGUACGGAUCUCAUGGACCACCCGUCCUCCUCGGUCAUCACGCAAGUGAGCAGGGAUGAAGAAGCCAGUGCUCCUUUACGGGACAGAGGUACCCCUCCACAUGCUGCAUCCUCAUCGAAGAAACCCCGCAGUCGUGGCAUUUUCCACAGUCUCUUCUGCUGCCUUUGUCAUGACGAAACGGAUCACGUGCCCGUCAAUAACAACGCCCCGCUGCUGGUGGAAGAGAACGGAACCAUCUCAAAAGUCCCAGCCAAACCACUUCUUCCACAGAUAAAGUCUAAAGAUGUAGGGAAGAUCUGUGUAGUCAUUGAUCUGGAUGAAACACUAGUCCACAGUUCAUUCAAGCCGGUAAACAAUGCUGACUUUAUCAUUCCAGUGGAAAUUGAUGGGACAGUACAUCAGGUGUAUGUGUUGAAGAGACCUCAUGUUGAUGAGUUCCUCAAACGAAUGGGAGAACUGUUCGAGUGCGUGUUAUUCACUGCAAGCUUAGCCAAGUAUGCUGAUCCCGUCUCGGAUCUCCUGGACAAAUGGGGAGCUUUCCGAAGCCGUCUUUUCCGGGAAUCUUGUGUGUUCCACCGUGGAAAUUAUGUCAAGGACCUAAGCCGUCUAGGCAGGGAUCUCAACAAAGUCAUCAUUGUGGACAACUCGCCAGCCUCCUACAUCUUCCACCCAGACAAUGCUGUACCUGUAGCCUCCUGGUUUGAUGACAUGUCUGACACAGAGCUGCUGGAUCUCAUCCCUUUCUUCGAGAGACUGAGUAAAGUGGAUAAUGUCUACACUGUGCUGAAGCAGCAGAGGACUACUAGCUAGCACGACACUAAGGGCAGCUGUCACUAUGGGGCCAGGGAGGCUGCUGGGCUCGGAGCACCACACUGCUUCCCCCUAACAGGACCAGCCACUAGCUCAGUCCUCAUCACCUACCCAGAAUUCCAUUCACAUGAUGUUUGAUCGAGAAAAAGAAGUCGAAUGACAGAACUGUGAAGGACUGCUUUAGCUAUUACGUGCAUAAAAUAAGAAGCUGAUUGUUUUAACACUCAGUUGCGUGAAUCUCAGGAAAGCGAGCAAGAGCAUAUUUCACCCUGAAGUCAAAUAAUAGAAAUUAUAUUUUGCUUAAAGAAAAUGAAAGAGAUGCUUUUUUUAUGCCUUUGUGACAUUAUUUUGACAACUAAGCACAUUCCCUCGAAAUUUUGCCAUAAUGCAAACUUAUAUU